GCUGUUCCGGCUCUGGUGCUCAUGUAAUCGGUGGUCAACAUUCUAUUUUCCGAAAAAAUUAAAUUAAACUGAUUAAAAUGCUGCGUCGCAUUGUCCAAGUGGGUGCCCGGGAGUUGAGCCGAGCCCAAUCGUCAACCGCCAGCGCGGAAAAGUGGGACCUGUACGCCGGAGUGCUCGUAGAGCGUCUCCCUGUGGUGUCCAAGUCCCUUAAUCCGCUGGAAAAACAGUUCCAAGACUUGCUAUGGCGCGUGGAGUACGAAAACAGCCUGAAGUCUGACCAUGAACUCAAGCAUGAACGUGAGAUCGUCCAGGCGGAGCUCAUAAAGCAGGGCAAGAUCCAGGUGGACUUGGAGGACGCAGGAUCCAAGCAGACAGCUCAGGACCUCAAGGACGCCUACGUCGAGGAGCUAAAAAAGUUCCAGUUGGGCUCCCGCACCACGCCCGAUGACCAGGCCAACAGAACCACCUCCACGGACCGCUGUCUGGAUGACACGCUCUACCUUUUGGUACAGCAGAAGCUGGGCCAGCAGGAGCACCUCAUUCUACCGCAGGGAAAGCGUGAGGAGGGAGAGUCCAUGCGUCAGACUGCAGAAAGAGUGCUCCGCGAGAGUUGCGGCCAGGAGCUGCAGGUUCUUUUCUACGGCAACGCCCCAGUGGGCUUCCACAAAUACAAGUAUCCCAGAAACCAGCGGACGGAGACUGUCGGAGCCAAGGUCUUCUUCUACAGAGCAUCCCUGCGGUCCGGCCAGGUGCCCGAAAAUCUGACCAAGUUCGAGUGGCUUCCCAAGGAGGCGCUCAAUGAAAAGCUGACCAAUACAGCCUAUGCCCAAAGCGUUAAAAAGUUCUUGUUGUAAUCGUAAUUGUUAAAAUUGUUUUGAUAUCUAACAAAUAAAUAAAAAUACUUCAGAG